AUGGAAAUAAAUUACCUAAAUUCAAAUUUAAGGGAUUUAAAAAAAUUCUGUUAUCAAAAAUUUGUAAAAUUUGCCGAUAAACCACUGCCAAGUAAAUUCACCGAUUUAUCUACACCAUUGUCAUUUUUCAAUUAUUUCUUCGAUGAAAAAUUAUAUGAUUUAAUUGUGGAACAAACAAAUUUGUUUUCUUAUGAUAAUGUUUUCACAAAAAAAGACAUUCAAAAAUAUUUGGGUAUUUGCAUUUUCACUUCAGUAGUUCAUAUGUCGAGUGUUAGAGAUUAUUGGAGCCAAGGAUUGAGAUUUGAACCAAUAGCAGAAACUAUGAGUUUAAAUAAUUUUGAAAAAAUUCGUAGGUAUUUGCAUUUCAAUGACAAUUCUACAAUGUUACCUAAAGAUCAUCCUGACAAUGAUCGUCUACAUAAAAUCCGUCCGGUUGUUGAUCACCUAAAUAAUAAGUACCAAAGGAUACCUUUUAGUAGGGAUCUUUGUGUAGAUGAACAACAGUGUGCUACUAAAGCAAGAAUGUAUCUCAAACAAUAUAUGCCAAUGAAGCCUCAUAAGUGGGGCUAUAAGCUUUUUAUGCUUUGUGAUGUAAACGGGUUUGCUGAUAAAUUUGAAAUCUAUACUAGUAGUGAAAAUUUGCCAAAAAAUAGACUGCCAACUGAACCUGAUUUAGGGGUCAAACUUAUAGAUUAUUUAAAUGAACAUGGUAUAAAUUCAUUGGGGACAGUUCGGAAAAAUCGAACACCCAAUUCUAAAAUACCAUCAGAUAAUAUGCUAAAAAAAUGUAAAAGAGGAAGUUCUUUUGAGUAUAUGGCUACAUACAAAAAUACAAAUAAAAGUUCAGUUACAUGGAAAGAUAACAAAAAUGUCUCCUUACUUUCAAACUAUUGUGGAUCACUUCCAUACACCAAGGUGAAGCAUUUUGAUAGAAAAAAAAACAAAACAUUGAAGUUAAAUGUCCAGCUUUAG